AUGAAGAUUAUGUUAAAAAAUCAAUGGGUAGUGAAGCCAGCAGAGGUAACAUGGAAUGGGAUUGUGGCCUUAUCAGAAUUAGAUCAAAUUGAAAUAGCCCACGUACAAACCAUCUAUUACUACAGACCUAGCCAAGAUUGUUUUACAUCAACAUGUAACAUUCUCAAGACUUCACUAAGCAAAGCACUUGUACACUUCUAUCCACUGGCUGGCCGUUUGCGAUGGAUCGAUGGGUCCCGACUCGAGCUCGAUUGUGAUGCCUCGGGAGCCGUACUUACGGAGGCUGAAAGCGAUGCCAAGCUAGAUGAUCUCGGAGAUCAAUUCUCGCUAUCUCCGGAUCAUAUUAGCUUGUUUCCUCAUAUAGACUAUACAAUCCCAAUUUCUGAAAUCCCUUUGUUGUUUGUGAAGCUUACUAAGUUCAAGUGUGGUGCCAUUGCUCUUAGUUUUGCUAUUUCACAUGCUGUUGUUGAUGGACAAGGUGGUCCCUUUUUCUUAUCCGAAUGGGCUAGGCUUGCUCGCGGGGAACCAUUGAUGUUUGCUCCUUUUCAUGAUCGAAAAGUUCUAAAAGCCGGAGAGCCUCCGAUUGCAUCUCCAACUUUGGAUGAACAUGUACAAUUUAAUCCACCACCACUUCUAAUGGGCAAGUUCAAAAAUGAAACAAAAGGUUACAGGCUAAAACUAACAAAACAUCAAGUUGAAACGUUGAGAGAAAAAGCAAACCAAGGAAGAAAUUUAGAGGAUAGUAAAGAGCGUAGUUACACACGUUACGAAGUUAUGACUGCUCAUUUAUGGAGAUGUGCAUGUAAGGCAAGAGGUCAUAAAUUUGAGCAACUUACUAGUUUAUCCAUUUGUGUUAACAUACGUAGUAAAAUGCAUCCACCUUUGCCUAAAACCUACUUUGGCAAUGCCAUCAUUGAUGUCAACGUGGUCAGUGUCUCGGGUGACAUAACCUCGAGCCCAUUGGAGUAUGUUGCUAGAAAGGUUAGGGAGACCAUUGAAAUGGUGACAAGUGAUUAUGUAAACUCCGCGAUUAACUUCUUGAAAAAACAACAGGAUUUGUCAAAAUAUCAAGACAUUCAUAGAAUUAGAAACAAAGAGGGCCCUUCCUAUGGGAACCCUAAUCUUGCAGUAAUAAGUUGGAUGAGUUUGCCACUAUCAGGGUUGGAUUUUGGGUGGGGUAAAGAGAUCUAUAUGAGCCCCAGGACUUACGAAUAUGAUGGUGAUUGUGUGAUACAACCAGGGAAUGAAGGGGAUGGAUCUUGGAUUGUUGCAAUUGCUCUUCAAGUUGAUCAUGUGGAAGCUUUCAAGAAAUUCUUUUAUGAAGACAUCGAAUGUCUAAAAAAGGGUAGCCCUGUGCAAUAA